AUGGCGGCCAAACUCGAUUCAUCGCCCAAGAUGGCCUCAUAUCUAUCUCGGUUCAGCCCUGUACCAACAUUUCCCGAAUACACUGGUCCCUACAAGGUCGGCACAAUGGACGUCGAAAUCGCCGUCUCUGAAUUGACUUCCCCAGCUCCCACUCCCGAGGAAGCUGCCGAUAUUCCAACAGUCCAGUUCCGAAUCUUUUAUCCCGCCACAGACGACUCCAAUGGAAAGCCCAUCCCGUGGCUGCCGACCCCCCAGAGGCCACAUGUUUCAGGCUACACUGAGUUUAUUGGCAUUUCCAAGACGCUCGCUGGCUUUCUCUCACAUCUGUACUACUCCUCAAUCCCCGUUCACAAGAAUGCAACGGUCCGACAGCCCGAGACGGAGAAUAAGCGAUGGCCAACCAUGAUAUUCUCCCACGGCCUGGGUGGCACCCGAAACUCGUACUCAUAUAUUGCUGGCUCGCUUGCCUCCCACGGUGUUGUCGUCUUUUGCCCCGAGCAUCGUGAUGGCAGCGCCGUGGCUUCGUUCAUUCGAGUUCCCGGCGAAAGACCUCAGGACCGAUACUUUGUGCCUACUCGCCGAUCUAUUUCUUACCGCAGAAUCCCCCAUGAGGUGACAGAUGAGGUCUAUGAGGCCCGAGAAGGUCAAUUGCGUAUCCGACUCUGGGAGACGGCAUUGAUUCAUGACGCCAUUCUAAACAUCGAUUCCGGCGCAAGAUUCAUUAAUCUGAACACCUCCACACCAACUUUGCACCAGUUCAUGGGACGACUCAAUGUAAACGAGCCCGGCAGUAUCAUUUUUGCUGGCCACAGCUUCGGUGCAGCUACAAUGUACCAGCUGCUGAAGAGCACAUACUACGCUGACCGACCUGAGUUGGCCGAGAUGGGGAAGCCACUGUUCCAGCCUGAUGAGGGCAGUGCAAUUCGCACGCAGGUGACGGAGAAAACUGUCACAAUGCUCCUCGACAUGUGGUGCAUGCCACUUCUGGGCCCCAAUUGCGCACCUCUGUUUUCACUGCCUCUGCCUCUUUAUGACGAUGUCCCCUCGGCUGCUGGCGGCAACGCUCUACUCGCCGUCGAAUCUGAGGCAUUCUUUAAGUGGAAGGAACAUUUAAACAUCAAGGCACGGCUGCUCUCUCCCAAUCCGAGUGCAAAGGAGGUAGUACCUACGGUCUUCGAGCGGCCUAGCGGUAUCAAAUUGACGGAGCCCAACUUCUUCUACGUUAAUAACUCUGCUCAUUUAAACCAAUCUGAUUUUGGUGUUCUAUUCCCUUGGCUAACCAAGAAGAUCUUCUCUGCCGAACAGCCCGAGAGGGCCCUUCGUCUCAACCUGCGUGCCCAGCUUCAACUCUUCCGAGCCAAUGAAAUUCCAAUUGCACGCACAUGCUUCGAUGACUUGAUCGAUGGCUCCCACAUCGACAAGCUGGAUGCAAAGAAGAAGGACGGCGAUGCCGUGGAGACCGAAGACGGACUGCACAAUGACAAGGCCAUCUUUGAUCGCAGUGCUAACGAUACCGUGGAAUGCUGGAACUGGAUCGACAUUAUCGGCCUUGGUGACAUGAAGAACGAGGAAGAGACCGGCAAGACCGUCACCCAACAAGUCGAAGAAGCGGAGGAAGAAAUGAAGGGCCAGCUCGAGCCAUACGAGCAAGCAUCUACACCUACGACCACGCAAACGCUGAGCGCUGCUGUUGCGGCUUAG